GGGCUAGAUCUGUUAAUGGGCUUUUAUGUUAAUUGGAGCACGGAUGUACAUACAACCGGGUGUAGCAGGGUCUCACACUCAAGACGCCACGGAAAAACUUCUUCUCCGAUCAGAAAACCAAUGCAGCGUCAUUCUCAACCUGCAAAGAAGGUGCUAAGCUAAACAUCACCCAUACUCACAAUCCCACUCAUGGAAUAUCUCAAUCUCUAUUGUUUUACAAUUCCAGUUUUCUUGGGAUUGUUCAUUUAAUUUUCAAAACUUCAUCUCUUUUAAAACUGCAGUCGAAAGAGUGGUUAGGAGUAAGUUUCAAGCCAGCGAACUUUAUACCUGGGGUGGUAAUCGGUUUCAUUCUCGGACUAUUGUUGGAUUUGUCGAAGCCCUCUGGACCUAGCGGCAAUAACAAUCGAAGCAAUAAUUCCCUUACCAGGAGGAGUCGAUUGUUGUCCAGAAAUCAAAAGGAGAAGACAGUAACUCAAGGAUCAGCUAACUCUGAUAAUGAAUUCAAACUGGUCUUGGUGGUAAGGCGAGACUUGAAGAUGGGACAAGGCAAAAUUGCAUCCCAAUGUGCACAUGCUGCAACUGGCAUGUACUCAGAGCUAAUGUCCAGUGAUAGGUCUCUGUUGAGGCAAUGGGAAAAUUGUGGGCAGCCCAAGAUAGUUGUUAGCUGCAGGAAUCAGCAAGAAAUGAACAAGUUGAAGGAAGCAGCUGACAGCAUAGGCCUCCCCACUUUUGUUGUUGCGGAUGCCGGGCGUACACAGGUUGCUUCUGGUUCAAAAACAGUUCUGGCUGUUGGGCCUGGAAGUAAAGCAGCAGUGGAUUCCAUAACUGGGAAAUUAGACUUGCUUUGAAUCCCUGGAAACUGAAUAGGCCUUGAUGGUGGGAUAUUACGAUGGCCAUUUCUUCGCUACAUUAUCAUGAGAGCUGACAAGAAGAGUCUGCUCUACUGCUAAUCCAGUCUGCUGUAUUAAAAGAGCAAUUUUCCAAACAAUUUGGACAUUUUGUUAUUGUAAACAUUACGCUGUAAAAGUUUUCGUAUUGUGUCAUUGGUUGAUUACGAGCCUGUUUGGUAACACUUAAAUCAACUGAAUCAGCUGGUUCUGCUGAAUUUUAUGAAUUUGUGGUUAAAGUAGUUGUAUUGGCUGUUUCUG